AUGAUUGAACUAUUACGAAAGAUUUUUGGCGGAAAGGGGCAAAAGGAGGAGACGCGGAAGAACUCGAUCACUGGGAGGAAUCAAACUUUUCCUGUUCCCUAUCUUUCUCGUCUUGAUGGCCUUCAGCUUUUGCCUGGUCAAUCACUCAUCAUUCGAGGGAUUGUUUGUGCAAGCGAGUUGAAUCCCGGUCAUGAACAAGUUCUCAUCAAUCUUACUGGUGGACCAAAAGUCGAAAAAGAAGGCGAAGACGAUGAACUGGAUGACAGACUUCUCUCGUUGCGAGCCGAUUUGCGAAAACGUCGUAUUCACAUCAAUGCAUGUGUUCAGGGACAAUGGGGAAAAGAGGGUAUCGUGAAAAAAGGCUGGAAAACGGGUGAGGAAUUCCAUAUUCGAGUGCGGUGUCACGAUCAAGAAUUCGGGAUCUAUUUGGAUCACAAACUUGUGGCCAAAUUCGCGCAUUAUGUGCCGAUUUCUCAUAUCACGCAUCUCUAUAUAAACGGCGAUGUGGCCUUGUAUGGAGUCUCGUGGGAAGGCAAAUAUUAUCAAGUGCCUUAUACAGCCGAUAUUCCCGGAAAUUUCUACCCACAAAGAAAGCUAUUUUUCUCCGGUUUUUUGAAGAAAAAAGCCAAACAAAUCACGGUGGAUCUUUUUGCUGACAAGGACAUCGCUCUUCGAAUUCAAUCACGUAUCGGAGAAAGAAAAGUCAUCCGAAACACACGAACCGACUCAAAUUGGGGCCAAGACGAGGCGGAUAUCUUGUGCAGUUUUCCUCUAAAAAGAGGAAAAGAAUUCGAUAUGAUCAUCUUUUGUGGGGACACCGAAUUUCAGAUCUACGUGAAUGAUGUAUUUGUUUGCAAUUACGCCCAUCGAUUACCAUCACCAUCAAUCAAUCGAGUCAACAUUGAAGGCGAUCUUGAAGUGCACGGUGUUCAUCUUAAA